UGGAAGCAGCUCCAUGUACCUGAUCGAACUCGAAAACAACCGAAAGAGUCGCACUCUCGGACUCGCCUCAGCUCUCUCAGUCGAUCAAACCCACUGUCACUGUAAAUCCUAAUUUAGGGUUUUUAUGGGUGCAGAUCCAUUGUCAUUGUAAACCCUAAUCUCUUCAAGACUGAGAGUGAGUAUUUGAUCAAUGGCGUCGCAAUCGGAUCACAAGGCCGCGAUAAUUGACGGAAAAGCCAUAGCCCAGACCAUCCGAAACGAAAUUGCCGAGGAAGUCCGCCAUCUCUCCCAGAAAUAUGGCAAGGUUCCGGGACUGGCAGUAGUGAUUGUAGGGAACAGGAAGGACUCUCAGAGCUAUGUGAGCAUGAAGAGAAAGGCUUGUGCUGAGGUUGCCAUUAAAUCCUUGGACAUAGACCUCCUUGAGGAUGUGUCCCAAGACGACCUCAUUGCCAAAGUUCAUGAAUUGAAUGCCAAUCCCGAUGUUCAUGGUUUUGUUUUGUUGGUAGGUAUUCUAGUCCAGCUUCCCUUGCCUAAGCAUAUUAAUGAGGAGAAGGUGUUGAGUGAAAUCAGCAUCGAGAAGGAUGUUGAUGGCUUCCAUCCUCUCAACAUCGGCAAGCUCGCGAUGAAAGGCAGAGAACCUCUGUUCCUUCCUUGCACUCCCAAGGGCUGUCUGGAACUUCUGUCGCGGAGUGGCAUAAGCAUAAAGGGAAAGAAGGCAGUGGUGGUGGGCAGAAGUAACAUAGUCGGAUUGCCAGUUUCGUUGCUGCUUUUGAAAGCAGAUGCUACAGUUACUGUAGUCCAUUCUCAUUCUCAUGAUCCAGAGAGUAUCAUUCGUGAAGCGGACAUUAUUAUUGCUGCAGCAGGGCAAGCAAUGAUGAUCAAGGGGAGUUGGAUAAAACCAGGUGCUGCAGUCAUUGAUGUCGGCACAAAUGCUAUAGACGACUCAAGUAGAAAAUCAGGCUAUAGAUUGGUUGGAGAUGUCGAUUUCCAGGAAGCAUGUAAGGUUGCUGGAUGGGUAACUCCUGUUCCUGGAGGCGUGGGCCCAAUGACUGUUGCAAUGUUACUCAAGAACACUUUGGAUGGUGCUAAGCGUGUUAUUGCAAAAUAAAAGCUGUUGCUAUUCCAGCCAAGUGGGCCUAAUUUAGAAUUUAGAAUUUGAAGAUGUAC